GCUCUCGAACGUGGGCGGCUCGGUGGUCCAGGUCACGCGGGGAGCCGGGAAGACGUCCCGGACCGUGCACUUCAUCUCCUCAUAUCCGCUCAGCCUGGAGAGCUCCAGAAACAGGCCCCGGAUAGCCGGCGGCAGCAGGAGGAGCAGCGGGAGGCCCCGGGGCGCUGGGGGGGCCGGGAUGCCGGAGACGCGUCGCCCUCGGCAGGGGAAGCGGUGAAACAUGAGGGCCGGCCUGCUGACCUGCACGGCUCUGGCUCUGGCUGUGGCCAGCUUCGUCUCCAUGGCAACCGGCGGGCGCAACUCGGGACGCAGGAGGCACAAGGAGGUGUUUCUCGGGGAGAACAGCAAGUUCAAGUUUGGAGGACGCAUCGACUAUAAGCUGAAGAGGCAGGACAGCACCAAAACGCUGCUGAUAAAGAGCGAACAGCUGCUGAAGAUCGAGGAGCACGACUUCGCCAUGAGGCCGGGCUUUGGAGCUUCAGCCAUCCCCGUGGGCAUCGACGUGCAGGUGGAGAGCAUCGACAGCAUCUCCGAGGUCAACAUGGACUUCACCAUGACUCUGUACCUGCGCCACUACUGGAAGGACGAGCGGCUGUCGUUUCCGUCCCGGACCAACCAGAGCAGGACGUUCGACUCCCGGCUGGUGAAGAAGAUCUGGGUCCCCGACGUCUUCUUCGUCCACUCCAAGCGCUCCUUCAUCCACGACACCACCAUGGAGAACAUCAUGCUGCGGGUCUACCCCGACGGGAACAUCCUCUACAGCGUCAGGGUCACGGUGACAGCGCUCUGCUCAAUGGAUUUCAGCAGCUUCCCACUGGACACACAGAACUGUUCGCUGGAGCUGGAGAGCUAUGCGUAUAACGAGAACGACCUGAUGCUGUACUGGAAGAACGGGAACGACUCUCUGCGCACAGACGAGAUCGUCCUGUCGCAGUUCUUCAUCGAGCAUUUCCACGCCUCCAGCGGCCUGGCUUUCUACAGCAGCACCGGCUGGUACAACCGUCUCUUCAUUAACUUCAUCCUGCGGCGGCACAUCUUCUUCUUCAUGCUGCAGACCUACUUCCCCACCAUGCUGAUGGUCGUCCUCUCCUGGGUCUCCUUCUGGAUCGACCGCCGGGCCGUUCCCGCCCGAGUGUCUCUGGGUAUCACCACAGUGCUCACCAUGUCCACCAUCAUCACAGGAGUGUCCUCCUCGAUGCCACAGGUGUCCUACGUGAAGGCUGUGGACAUCUACCUGUGGACCAGCUUCCUGUUCGUCUUCCUGUCUGUCAUCGAGUACGCGGCCGUGAACUACUGCACCACGCUGGAGGAGAUGAGGAAGAUGAAGAGGGGGAAGAUCCCGUCCACUUUCAACGCCAGCCAGGCGAUGGCCUUUGACGGCUGUUUCCACGACAACGAGAUGGAGCUGACCCCCUUCAACUCGAUGGCGCCCACCCUGACCACCGAGCCCCUCACCACGCCCUCCCAGUGCCCGGACCUGCGCCCCCCGGAGGGGACGCGCCUGCGGCGGCAGCGGUCGGUGCGCGAGAACGUGGACCUGCUGGUCAGCAACAGCUACAUGAUCGACUCGUACUCCCGGCUGGCCUUCCCGCUGUCCUACCUGCUCUUCAACACCAUCUACUGGAGCCUGUACUCCUGA